CCUCCGGGUGGAAGCUCAGGGCUGGAACCGAGCGGGCUAGUACUGGCCAACCUUGGCCACAGAGGCUGGGCCAGUUCGUACCCUGCGCGUGCGCGCCGAGGUCACAUGACACGGGGCGGGUGCGCGGCGGUGGGCGGAGAGAAUCAACCCAGUGAGAGGGAGGUUGCCUCAGAGGGACCUGCGGUGGCAACUGUACCAUGGCUGCGCUCUUUGGCGGCGUGGAAGGGGGAGGCACACGGUCCAAAGCCCUUUUACUUUCUGAGGAUGGGAAAAUCCUGUCAGAAGCAGAUGGACUGAGCACAAACCACUGGCUGAUUGGCACAGACAAGUGUGUUGAGAGGAUCAACGAGAUGGUGACCACUGCCAAACAGAAGGCUGGAGUGGAUCCUCAGGUACCCCUUCGAAGCCUGGGCCUGUCCCUGAGUGGUGGGGAGCAGGAGGAAUCAGUGAGGCUCCUGAUAGAGGAGUUGAAGGGCCGAUUUCCCCACCUGAGUGAAAGUUACAUAAUCACCACUGAUGCAGCAGGUUCCAUUGCCACAGCUACACCGAAUGGUGGGAUUGUGCUCAUCGCUGGAACUGGCUCCAACUGUAGGCUUGUCAAUCCCAAUGGCUCCGAGAAUGGUUGCGGUGGCUGGGGCCAUAUGAUGGGAGAUGAGGGCUCAGCCUACUGGAUUUCACACCAAGCCAUAAAAAUUGUGUUUGAUUCCAUGGACAACCUGGAGGCAGCUCCUCACGAUAUUGGCUAUGUCAAGCAGGCCAUGUUCAACUAUUUCCAGGUGCCAGAUCGGCUAGGAAUCCUCACCCACCUGUAUAGGGACUUUGAUAAAUCCAAGUUUGCUGGGUUUUGCCAGAAAAUUGCAGAAGGUGCACAGCAGGGAGAUCUCCUUUCCCGGUACAUCUUCAGGAAGGCUGGGGAGAUACUGGGCAAACAUAUUGUGGCAGUUUUGCCAGUGAUUGACCCGGUCUUGUUCCAAGGGAAGCUUGGCCUCCCCAUUGUGUGUGUGGGCUCAGUGUGGAAGAGCUGGGAGAUGCUGAAGGAAGGCUUUCUCCUGGCACUGACUCAGGGCCGAGAGCUGCAGGCCCAGAAAUCCUUUUCCAGCUUUACCCUGAUGAAGCUGCAGCAUUCUUCUGCACUGGGAGGUGCCAGCCUAGGAGCCAAGCACAUUGGAUACCAGCUUCCCCUGGACUAUAGCAUCAAUGCCACUGCCUUCUAUUCCUAUACCUUCUAGGGCCUGCACCCCCUCCCC